AUGGCAGAGGACCUAGAAUUUCUAUGCCAACAUCUGUCUUUAUCUGAGAAGGAGAAGGGUGAGAUUCAUGUGGAAUCUUCACUCUUAGAAUCAAAUAUAGCACGUGGGGAACGUUGUUUGGUGAUGUCCUUGUUAAUUGAUCGUUAUUAUAAUCGAGAGGCUCUCAAGAACACGAUGCGAAAAGUGUGGCAACCUGCAUGCAAGGUGCGCUUUAAGAAUUUGGGCUCAAAUUUAUUUUUAGUGGAAUUUGAGGAUGAUUGUGACAAACAACGUAUUUUUCAGGAGGCGCCUUGGUCUUUUGAUCGUUAUCUUGUUCUUUUGAAGCAUCUGGAGGGGGACUUACAAGUAACGAAAAUACGACUUCAUGAGGCUUCGUUUUGGAUCAGGUUGUAUGAUAUGCCCUUAAAUGCUAUGAAUGCAAAGGUGGGGAGACUCAUUGGUAAUAAGAUUGGCAUUGUGGAGGAAGUUGAUGGGGAGCAAGGCGAAGUUGCAUGGGGUGAGUAUCUGAGGAUCAGAGUAAAGAUCGAUAUCUCUCAGCCUCUUAUGCGUGGUAUCACUGUGAAUCUUGGUCAGUUUGGUUUAGGCUGGAUUCGGUUUGCUUAUGAAUGUUUGCCAAAUUUUUGUUAUAUGUGUGCUAAAAUUAGUCAUCGGCAGAAAGACUGUGAGAUCAGUGGGAAUCAAGAUGUACAAGAUACUGAUUAG